AUGGUCAAGUUCAGUCUGGCACACACGUCCAAUCAGCUGGACCUCAGCGAAUGCGGCCUGACAUCAGUGCCGCAGGAAGUUUUGGAGCUCACAAAUCUAGAGGGCCUCUUCAUACAUGGAAAUAUGCUCAAAGCCUUGCCGGAUGCUCUGGGAUCCCUGUCAGCCUUGAACACGCUCUCAGCAGUGGGAAACCAUUUGGAGGGGUUGCCUUCCUCCAUUGGUGACCUUCUCGAACUCAGGCAGCUAGAACUGGCUGGCAACAGGCUGCAGAGUCUUCCAGAAUCCUUGGGAAGCCUGGAGGUGUGGGCCGAGGCAAAUCCGCUGGGAGCAGAUUCUGUGGCAGCGUUGGCGCACAGCGUGGCGAGCAUGCCAGCAGAGCGGGAGGUUGUGCUGGGCCUGGACGCAGAGCAGGUGCAAGGCUUGGACUCCGGCGUGCGCGGCGCGGCCGGGCGGCGGCUGCAGGUGGGCGAGGUCAUGGGCAGCGGGCGCGGCUACUUCAAGCUGCGCCGCGGGCCGCCCGGGGACAUCGUCAACGCGGCUGGCGUCACUGGGGAGCGGGUGCUGGUGGUGUCGUUUGCGAGUGCGCCGGGUGUGCCCAACUGGGGCGGCCUGGUGGAGCGCAUCCGCAGGGCGGCGCAGGAGCCUGCCCACAAGUGCUUCGACGUCCUCUAUGUUGUUGAUGCAGGUCGCUCGUGGUACAAUGGUGGGGACAGUGAAGAGUUUCAGUGCUGGUGGGACCGGCUGGAGGCGGUGACCACCCAGUACAAUCGGGUGCUAAUGCUGGGCGACUCCAUGGGCGCCACCGGGGCUCUCCUGUUCUCACCUCUUGCCACUGCUGUGCAUGCCUUCACGCCUCAGGUGGAUUUCAUGUCGGCGUCUCUGCGGCCCGGCCGGGACAGCGGCUGGCUCAAGCGUCUGACCGACCGCGUGCUGUCAAGCGUGGCCGCCUCGAACGCCAAAAUCACCACGUACUCCAGCAGCUGGCUGCAUGACCUGGAUCAGGUGCGGCUGGUGCCGCAGGAGCAGGCGCAGCUCAAGGUGUACAGCGUAAACACGCACCGCCUGGCCUUCUACCUGGACACCAGCGGCAAGCUGCUGCCGCUGAUCCAGGGCGCCCUGCUGCAGGAGAUGGGGUUCCCCUCCGGGAACAUCCGCCUGCACAACCUGCUGGAUCCCAAGAAGAGCGGUGUUGUCUUUGCUGGAGCAACUCUUGCCUACCUACUUUUGGAAUGGAGCCACUUCAGCCUGUUGAGCAUUAUUGCCAACACCCUCCUCAUAGCCGUGAGUGUGGCUUUCCUGUGGAACAACAUCGCCAAUUUCACCGGCCGGCCGGGGGUGCCCGUGCCGGAUGUCGUGAGGCACGGAGUGAGCGACAGUCAGAUCAAGAGCGUGGCUGAGAAGGUCACGACCAUCUUGAACAAGUUGCUGGCUUUUGCAAAUCGUGUCUUCACCGGCAAGGAGGUCGUCCUGUCCGCCCAGGUGGCUGCGGCUCUUUUCCUGAUCGCCAAGGUCGGGAACUGGUUCACUUCUCUGGGGCUCCUCUUCACACUGGUGGUGCUGGCCUUCACGCUGCCAAAGGCUUAUGAGCUAAAGAAGGAUGAUGUUGACAGCCUGGCUGCCAAAGCCCACCACCAUGGCAAGGCCAACUACACCAAGUAUGUGGAGCCCUAUGUGAACAAGAUCCCCCGCGCAUCCACAUCAACCUCUGCAGCUCCCACCAAGCCGACCACUUUCGAGUCAACAGCCGAUUCUGUGCCAGCUGAGCCGAAGAAGGUCAUCUGA